AUGAAAUUACAAGUCUUCGCUGUCUUGUUUGUCGUCGCAAGUGCUUUUGCACUCCCGUACGAAGGAGACGACGUUAUUGUAGUUGAGUCAAACGAUGAGUUAAGCCAAAGAAAUCCCGUGGAAGAUUCGAUCCGAAGAGCAGUCGAGAGAAUCAGUGCUGGUAUUAAAAAUGCAGGUCUAGAUCCAUUGGAAGUUCAAAAUAGAGAAUUUGAAUUUAUUCCGAUAACAAUUGAUCUUGUAAUUAGAGCAUUCAUUGAAAAUCUUCAAUUCUAUGGUCUCAGUGACAUUAGUAUCGAUGUCUUGGAGUACAGUUAUAUCUUUAAUAGACUCCGUAUCGUAAUUUCUCUUCCGGAAGUAGCUCUAUCAAUUGGUGACUCAAACCUCGAUGCUCUUGUAAUUGGCUUCCCAAUUAAAGCUGGACUGAAGGGCAGUGCGUCUGUAAAGGCAAUUCGUCUUGCUGGUGAGCUUUAUGUCAAUUUUGACAUCAUCGGCGGUGUAAGCCUUCGCAGCCUCUCACUCAAUUUCAGUCUAGGUGGUAUUGAUUCUGAUCUCGGAGUAGUUCUUCAAGGCUCUGAUCGUUCUGAAGUUGUCAACGAUUUUCUCAGCAAAAGAAUUCCUAACUUUAUUGAGAACAAUAAGAACGAUAUCAACAAUGUUCUUGAAACUGUUGUCAGCAUCAUUCUUAACUACAUAUGGAUUGAAAUGAGGACACUUUACCUUUUUGUGUUAUUUUUGGGAUUUUCAAAAGCUUCGACUCAACAGUCUAUCAUAGAUAUUGACGAUGUCAAAUUCAAGGAGACCAUCGAUAAAUUAGAUUUAAACUCAAUAAAAAGCACUCUAACUGAAGAAUUGAAAGAUGUUUUAUCACAAUAUAAUGUAGAACAAUUAAAAGAAGAACUGGCAACGUCAAAUAUAGAAAAAAAUGGUCCAAUAGAAUCAGUAAUUUUGGAAUUAUUGGAGAGAUUUCGUCAAAUAAUGCGCAAUGGUACGGAUAGUCUUCCGGUUUUGGAUCCAAUAGUGAUUAAACAGAUUAGUUUAGGAGAUAAGACAAUUCCUUCUUCAAGUUACGUACUUAUCAAUGAUUUAGUAAUUAAAGAUAUUAGUACAUUUGAAGUGGAGAAACUUCAACUAUCAACUGUAUGGUUUCGACCAAGACUGGAUUUCGAUUUUGUAAUUCCAGCUGUCAGCGUCAACACAAGCAGCUAUGAUUUGUUUUUUAAUGUAUUCGGAGGAAAUAUUUAUGGGAAAGGGGAUAUGAGACUCGUAAUUGAUAAACCAAGGAUUUUCGGCCACUUCAUAUUAGGCGUCAGGGUCACUCUUGAAGGAAUAUUCUUAAGAAUUGAAGAAUGUCGAAUUCAGAUUGGAUUAGAAGCUUUUAGGCCAAUUAUCACUGGCAUGUUCGGAGAUCAAGCGAUUAGUGAUUUCAUAGCUGCUUUCUUGAGAAAUUUAAUACCGGAGAUGUUAGAAUUCUUUGAGAAAGAUAUAGCGGAUACUUUGAGUUUGGUUGUACAAUUCGUUGGAAACUUAAUAUUGGCUGAAGUAAAUAUUGGUGAUUUAUUACCAAUAUCUUAA